AUGGAAAAUGAUCGCGCGCGUGGCUUCAGUGUUCGCUCAGGCCGCAUUAUUCUUCUAGGUGACGGCACUGAACUGGUCCCUGAUCAAAACGACGAGGAGCUCUUUGACCAAACUGAGGAAGACCGGGAUCUGCCUAGUCAGGUACAACGCGAAUCGCCUGAUUCUGCCAGGAAUGAGCGUGAAGGAACUCCGGGACCUCAAUCUAAAACUGACGCUGCUUCCAAGUCUGAAGAAGGAUCAUCUGCUAGUACAUCCGAGUCAACCUCUACUCCCGCGGAGAGCUCGAUCUCUGGAGCCCCUGGAAAAUCUACGUCGUAG